GUGAACGAGUGAAACCUCCGGAAAGACCCGAAGCUUGGGAUCGAGCUUAGUCUCUAGAGGGACCCGAGGUCCGGCGCCGGAAACCUUCGGAAAGUGCUGAAGUGCUGGACGGAUAGAAUAGUUGAAGUGACCAACUGGUUGGACAGAGACGGCGGAGAGGAGACGAGCGAAUCUUUGGACAACGCUAAAGACUAGGAUAGUUUGAAUUUUGAAUUGUAACCCUUAGAAGGAGCUGGACGCAGAGGAACGCGAGGGCUCACGGAAACCUCCGAACGUUGAGUCGCUAAUCUCCGAAAAGUUACCGAAACCUAGGAAGCCGGAGAAACCCUCUCUUCGGGUGUUUUCGGAAGGAGCCGAAGCCGUCGCCUGCCCACGCCGGUCGACCGUCCGGAAAUAGCCGACACGCUUCGGAGCCAGGCUUGGGGGCGAGGGGCUGCUAGCUGGGGGACGGGCUGGCCGAGGGGGCGGAGCCGGGCGCGGGGCGGGCCGCUUGGGGCCUUGAUUAGGUAGGCGACGCUGCGCCGGCGGCGGCCGGAAGUAGCCGAAGCCAGCGGCGGAAGUAGCCGAAGCGGCCAGAGCGGGCGGGCGGCAAGGCGAGGCGAGAGCUGCUCAGGCCCUACACGGCCCCUCCAGCAUGUCGGACUUCGAUGAGUUCGAGCGGCAGCUCAACGAGAACAAACAAGAGCGGGACAAAGAGAACCGGCAUCGGAAGCGCAGUCACAGCCGCUCUCGGAGCCGGGACCGCAAGCGCCGGAGCAGGAGCCGAGACCGGCGCAAUCGGGACCAGCGCAGCGCCUCCAGGGACAGGAGGCGACGCAGCAAACCUUUGACCAGAGGCGCUAAAGAGGAGCACGGUGGAUUGAUCCGCUCCCCCCGCCAUGAGAAGAAGAAGAAGGUGCGUAAAUACUGGGACGUGCCGCCACCUGGCUUCGAGCACAUCACCCCGAUGCAGUACAAGGCCAUGCAAGCUGCCGGCCAGAUUCCAGCCACUGCCCUUCUUCCCACCAUGACCCCUGACGGCCUGGCUGUGACCCCAACGCCGGUGCCCGUGGUUGGGAGCCAGAUGACCAGACAGGCCCGGCGCCUCUAUGUGGGCAACAUCCCUUUUGGCAUCACUGAGGAGGCCAUGAUGGAUUUCUUCAACGCCCAGAUGCGCCUGGGGGGGCUGACCCAGGCUCCUGGCAACCCGGUUUUGGCUGUGCAGAUCAACCAGAUCAUCUUCCAAGGCCAGUCGCUGAAGAUCCGCAGGCCUCAUGACUACCAGCCGCUGCCUGGCAUGUCAGAGAACCCCUCGGUCUACGUGCCUGGAGUUGUGUCUACUGUGGUCCCUGACUCUGCCCAUAAGCUGUUCAUUGGGGGUCUGCCUAACUACCUGAAUGAUGACCAGGUAAAAGAGCUGCUGACAUCCUUUGGGCCUCUCAAGGCCUUCAACCUGGUCAAGGACAGUGCCACAGGGCUCUCCAAGGGCUACGCCUUCUGUGAGUACGUGGACAUCAACGUCACUGAUCAGGCCAUCGCAGGGCUGAAUGGGAUGCAGCUGGGGGACAAGAAGUUGCUGGUCCAGAGGGCGAGUGUGGGAGCCAAGAAUGCCACGCUGAGCACCAUCAACCAGACCCCCGUUACCCUGCAAGUGCCGGGCCUGAUGAGCUCUCAGGUGCAGAUGGGCGGCCACCCGACUGAGGUCCUGUGCCUCAUGAACAUGGUGCUGCCCGAGGAGCUGCUGGAUGACGAGGAGUAUGAGGAGAUCGUGGAGGACGUGCGGGAUGAGUGCAGCAAGUAUGGGCUAGUCAAGUCCAUCGAGAUUCCCCGGCCUGUCGAUGGUGUGGAGGUGCCCGGCUGCGGAAAGAUCUUCGUGGAGUUCACCUCCGUGUUUGACUGCCAGAAAGCCAUGCAAGGCCUGACCGGCCGCAAGUUCGCCAACAGGGUGGUUGUCACGAAGUACUGUGACCCCGACUCCUACCACCGCCGGGACUUCUGGUAGAGGCGGCGGAGGGCCCGGUGGCCACAGGAGGAGCCUCCCGCCUGCCCCACUGUUUCCCCCCUAAGAUCCGGGCAGGAGUGACAGCAGCGACAGACAGCCGGCAGCGACUGGAUGGCAGGGUGGGGUGGGGGGCGGGGACGGGACGCACACACAGCCCACGCGAGAUACAUGCACCCACAGACACGGGGACGGGGUCGGGCCGGCGGAGCGCUGCGCAGCGGUGCGCAGCGCGGGUGGGGCCUGGCCCCUCGCCACAGUGUCCCCUCCCCUUCUUCCCCGGUAGAAACGUAGCGUGUUUAUAUACGGCCAAACCUCGGACUUCCGCCCCGCCCGUCCCACCCCCGCCCGGUUUCCUAGGUAGUGGCCCCAAGCCCCGGCCGCCCCGCCCGCCCGCCCCACCGCGUGGCCCCGCCCCCCUGUGGCAGUUUCAUAUUUGCUAAGACGAAUUUGCUCAUUAAACAUUUUGUUGUAUUUUACUUUGCGGA